AUGGAGAUAAACAAUUCAUUUGAUGAAAAACGCAAUGUCCUCUUCAAACUCGAACCUGAGUCUAAUCAGCCCUUGACGGAAAUCAACGAAUUGAAGACGGAGCCAGAAUAUUUAGAUGAGAAGAAGAGUGUUAUGUCGCUUCCUUCAUUGCCCAGUGCAAAAUUCUACAAGGGUGUCUUCGAAAAAGGCAUCUUUGCAUCUCCAUUUGAGAGGGUGGAUACGCCAAUUUCCACUCGGGUCAUUGACCCCGUUCAGAUAUCAUUGUUUAAACCCACUGCCGCUAUUGCCAACGUUGUUUCUACUGACCUGGCGGGAGAAAGUAGAAUGGUAGCAGGGCUCAGCUGUCGGGAACCACCCAUCGACCCAGUCAACAUGACCGCAGUCGAUUUGGCUAAAUACAUCUUUCUGUGGUCAUUCCACACCACCUUGACGACCCCCCGGAUUCUCUUCCAGGCUCUCAAAAUUCAAUAUAUUCAGGGUUUGAUGCAGAUGAUGGAUCGGCCUACGAUUCAGCCAGGCAGUAUUGCGCGCCAUCCAACCCCCAUAGAGAGGAGACUUGAGCCGUUUUGGCGUGCCUUCCUGUCCCGAUGUGUCGAGAGGUUUCCCGAACCGUUGGAACUGACAUACAUCCCCUCCAAAUCAAUUUCCAAUGAUCAUGUGUGCCUUGCCUCACCUUCGUCGAGCAUCAGAUUGCAUAUGGCAGCCAAAAGCCUGACUGUAGAGGCGGUUGAUCCCGGUUUCUACGCGCGAAUAGUCAACUACGCCGAUAUUUGGGAUGGCAUCUCGCAUGAACAGAAGCAGGAAGAGAACCCUGCAGACGCCACCUCUAGUCCUCUCGUUGUAUCAGAUCUCCAGCUUCUUCGUAAGUUGGUCGUCAAUUUCCAGCAGAGGACUCCAGACACCCCGGUCGGUGUGUACUCCGCCUUGGGAUACUGCAUCGAUUUGCCCUGA